AAUCAUAUUAAACAAAAGUCUGUCUUCUUAUUCCUUGUAUAGUUGACUCCUAAACAUUGAAUUUCCUCUAAUUUUACAUUCAUCAAUGACAAUAUCAAAGGAAAUGAAGAUUCCCACUAUUGAUUUCUGCAAGCUAGAGCUAAAAUCAGGUAGUGCACAAUUGGUGUCCACAAGAAGUCAAGUUGUCCAAGCUUUGAAAGAGUAUGGUUGCUUUUUAGCAAUAUAUGAUAAGGUUUCAAAGGAAACUAGAGAAGCCAUAUUUGAUAAAUCAAAAGAAAUCUUUGAAUUUCCAUUGGAAACAAAAAUGAAAAACUUCUCAACAAAGAAUCCAUUGGAUGGAUACAAAGGACAGUUUCCACAAUUGCCAUUGUAUGAAAGUCUAUGUAUUGCUGACUUGGUCAAACCCCAAACUGUUGAAACUUUUGCCAAUAUCUUCUGGCCUCAUGGAAAUCCUGACUUUUUCAGGGCGUAUGAUUCCUACGCAAAGCCACUUGUGGAAUUGGAUGAAAUGAUAAAAAGGAUGGUUUUGGAGAGUUUGGAGCUAAAUGAUUAUAUUGAUGAAUUAUUGGAUAACAAUGUUUACAAUUCCCGGUUUUCUCAUUACAAGAAGGCAGCUCAAAAUGAAGAUGCUUUGAAUAAACUAGGAUUGACUAUCCACACGGAUAGUGGUUUCUUGACCAUGAUAGCACAAAAUAGUGUAAAUGGUUUAGAAGUUCUCACCAAAGAUGGAGAGUGGAUUGAUGUCGACAUUGCACCAAAUUCCUUCUUUGUUUUGUCUGGGGAUUCCUUCAUGGCAUGGACAAAUGGUCGAUUACAUUCGCCUGCCCAUAGGGUAACAAUGGCUGGAGACAGUGAUAGAUUUUCCAUUCCAUUAUUUUCAGCACCAAAACCAGGUUACACCAUAGAGGCCCCAAAAGAACUUGUGGAUGAAGAACAUCCUUUACUCUUUAAGCCCUUUGAAAUUCUUGAAUUGUUUGAGUAUAUUACUAGAGGACCCGGUAGAAAAGCUGGUGCUGAUGCUUUCAAGGAUUAUUGUGGCGUUUGAAUUGUUGCAUUUCUUAAGUUUCAACUUUCUAUAUUUUAAGUAGG